UGCAGUAACCCGUUACUAGUGAUUUUAUUUAUUGGGUUAUAAAAAAGUGCGUGGUUGUUAUAAUGCAUUUUCAAAUUAUAUUGUGUUUUGUGGCUUUCUUCAUUAGCGUGGUGCAAGCUAAACCUAUCGUGAUGGAUUUACCUGGAUCAAUUCAUAACGAUUGUUUAAAUAAACGAAACGCAGAAAUAGAAGGCGCAGUGAAUAAAGAAAUUUUCAAAGUACCACGAAUCUUGAACGUUGGAAACGAAAUCAUUGUCACAGGACUCAUGAAGGAUGGCCAUACUGUAUUAACAGUGAAUUUGAUGGCAGCAAAUGAGGAAGGUAAACCGGACCAUUUUAACGUGGCUUGCCAGGUCAGGUUGGAUUUCCCCAGUGAUACGAGCACUAAAGACAUGAUAACGUUCAACACUAUAGUAAACGGAGCCCGCAAGGAGGUAGAUGAGGGGAUGCAGGCUACAGAACUAUUUAUAGAUAACAAUUUCACCAUGAAAUUCACGAUGAAUACAAAGAACAGAAUCGGGCUUAAUCUCAAGGAAUCAGCUGCUAUACAAGACUGUGAAUCGGAGUUGGGGAUGGAAGCUAUCCAGUACUUAACAGUUGGAGGAGAUGUCCAUAAGGUCGAACAACUGAGCUUUGUAUUGGGGUAAAAUGAGAACUGAAGUAUGUUGGACUACGUCACAUCAUGCUAUAUGCAUGACCAUGCUCAAUCAUCCAUGAAGAUUGAUUCAUGAAGAAUAAGAGUUGUAGGAUAUUCAAGGCUGCGGAGGAAAGCAGUAAAAAAGAGAUCGAAUAAGGCCACGAUGAGCACAAACCUGCCAUGUCAGAGGCCUUUGGCGGCUCAGUAAUAACCCUGACACCAGGGUUGAUGAGGUUGGUAUUCCACUUCACAACCCACACGAUAAGAAUAAUAGCACGAACCUUUAGAUUCAAAUGUUUGCUGGUGAAGAGAAGAAUAGAGAGUAAGAAAAAGGAGUAAAAAGAAGAUUAGGAACAAGCUUAAAGAGAGAUUUUACUAGUCAACGAUUGGAAAAAUAACACCAAAAUUAUAAAAGUUCUUGGGGGUUACUACUACUUUUGAACGAAUUGCUUCUGUAACUACAUUAUGACGCAACCAGAGAAUAAACAAUUAUUUCAAAAUAAAAUGGAUACUCCGCCCCGCACCAAUACAAGCUUGGUGCGAGCUUGAUCUACCUCACCCCCUCGAUGGGGGCCACUUUAGUCUAUAUAAGCCGCAAGCCGUUAAGGAGAAGGAUAUUUUUGUAUGAAGUAUGUCACACACAACGAAAGACGCAACAGUUGUUGAUUGAUCACCCGAUUUGUUUUAGUCAGUUAUAAAUCAGUGUAAGUGACUUAGGCGCCAAUAUUUUUGGUGACUCCAAAAGACAAGGAAUCUCUGUGUGGCAAUGAGUAUGGUGCUAUUUACAAUUAUUUAUGACCUCACAGAUGUACAUGGCCUGUCACAAGUGUUUCUUACAAUGUCAUUCAUUGUUAAAACACAAAGCGAAUUGUCAAGGAUUACUGUCGAAGUAUAGAUACUUUACGGGACAUAGUAAUAAUGUAAACGUAAUGUUCGUUUGUUACCAGCUGUACGUAUUAACUAGAUAGGUACGUAGUUAUUAUAAAGUAUUAUAAUGUAAUAUAAUUUAUCUACCUCAUAUUUUUUAAUAAUAAUGUACAUUUUAGUAUUUUAUACUUGGUUCGUUUAAUAAGAUUGAAUAAAAAGAUUGUUAAUAUA